AUGAUUUUAAGGUCAGGUACCAAAAACUAUGUCCAAAAUGUAAAAGGUGUCCAAUGUAGUCCAACUCUUCUCAAGGAAAUAGAUUUCUUAGAAAGACGUUCUCAUUCUCGAUAUGGUGCCAGAGUAAAGACCUACCUUUUCGACGAAUAUAAUACAUCAAUGUAUAAAGCCGCCAAAGUCAAAGCUCCUCCGGAUGAUCCUAAUUCUUAUGUUAUCAAAUACUAUUUGGAUGGGACAAAGUAUUACAUCAACCGUGAUUUCAAUGCCUGUUUGAACAUGGUUACUAUUACCGAAGCAUAUUUAAAAGGUAUAGCUCGUCCAACUUUAUUGUGUCCAUUCAAAAAGGACAACCCAGAGGAUGAUUGA